AUGCCCAGUGUCCAACUCGUCGUGCCAAUUGUGCGCACAAUCUCGAAGCUCAUAGAGCCCCGUUGGAAUGGUACCCCUGAAGGCCAAGGAUCCGCUGACCCUAGUUCAGACUCUCUCUCUACACCGCGAAGUGCAGAGAGGGGAUGGCUAAUGGUCACGAUUUCAUUUAUUCUCCAAAUGGAUCGGCCACCAGUGUUCCAUCCGAAGUAUAGAUGGCUUCCGAUUAUUUCUGGUCUUCUUGUCCCAUUCUCCAUCCUCUUGGAAAUUCCUGGGCUUACCGAGCAUUGGUAUGUUCGGUGGGACAAAGCAACGCAAACCGCGAUAGAAUAUCGGAAGAACUCAUUUGCUUUGACAUUGGGCCUCGCCACGUCUAUCGCCUGCGCUGGAUUCGCAAAUGCGGCAUUGAUGUUGCGCUUCCUUGAGCGACAUAAUUCCGCUGCUCCGUCUCUCAAACCUCAAUUCUCAGAUAUCAUCAACAUCAUUGCAGUAUCUGCCUUUGGCUAUUAUGGGAGACAUGAUGAUGGUUUCACUUAUGCCCAAGCCUAUUGGAGCUGCGUAGCCAGCACUGCUAUCAGCUCCAUCACCAAUAUCACUCUUGUAAUUGACUACAUGCGUACCAAGAAUUUCGCGGAUUCUGGCUCUGGUUUGACCAAUAAGCAGCGCUCUCUUGUUAUUAUUGUCAUGAUUCUCUUGGUCUGGAUAGCAGCUGGGGCAGGAGUAUUUACAGUGCUUCUUGAAAUCCCUUUCCAGACCGCUCUCUAUUUCACAGUCGUUACCAUAGAAACCAUCGGAUUUGGGGAUUUUUAUCCCAAACAUGGAGGAACGCGAGUGUUCACCUUUUUCUAUGCGCUCAUUGCAAUACUGAACCUCGCCCUUGCGGUCACGACUAUGCGCGGCCUCAUUGCCGAGUCCUUUCGACACGCCCGUCGCCUUCAAAGGAAACGAGCAGCGCGUGCCAGAGCAGCACGGGAGCGCAGGAGGUCGGAAACUAUACAUACAUACCGGCAGCAAGAGCAUUUGGCUGUCAUCAUCGGGACAAGGUCCAAGGCAUGGAAGUUUGCGGCUAAUGUUUGGCUUGCCCUACGACACCCUUUUGGAGUGGACCAUGGGUUUGAGGAUCAUGAUUCGUUCCAUCAAGACCACGGCUCCCCCCAUGUUACGAGACAUGACGAUAAGCAUUUGUUAUAUCCAAGGAGUGCUGAUCCUAAAUUGGACAACACUCUUGAAGAGGAGAUAAGGGAUAAUGAAGAGACGGAGAACGUCAGACAACUCACCCUAGCCCUCCUUGCCUUCAUCGGAUUCUGGUUACUGGGCAGUCUAGUGUUCCAUCUCACGGAGAAGUGGCCGUAUGGAACCGCGAUGUACUUCUGUUUUGUGGCGUGGACCACGAUCGGCUAUGGUGACCUAACACCAAAAAGUAAUGCCGGACGGGCCGUGUUCGUGUUAUGGGCCCUUCUAGGUGUCGGAAGUUUGACGAUCCUAAUCAGCGUCAUCGGUGAAGCUUAUGCUGGAGUGUUCGGAGCAGCUUUGCGCAAUCGCACAUUCGAGGCGCUCGUCUACGACAGGGUCCGCGCUCGCCAUGACAGCCUUGCCGCAGUGCGUGAGGCGGGCAUCAGGGACUUUACUGAACAAGUGCGUAACGACAAGCUCAAGCUUUCGGAAUCCCUCAUAGAGCAUGCGCACAAAUAUCAUCCUCACCUGAGAUUCAUGCUUGGCGUGGAGAAGCGGCCUUCGGACAUUAUUUCCGAAAAUCUGCGUCAACUCUUGGUAUCUGAACUCGGGGAUUGCGAACAUACGGUCCGAGAAACCAUUUUUCAUGAUCCCGAGAUACGAAAGGCUGUAUUCAUCAUGUCUUAUGAUGCGAGCUUUGAGCGACUGAUGCAAAUGGCCAAUGCUGUUCGAAUGCUCGAGGAAUCGAGUGUGGACGAAUCCCCUGAGGAUUCACCAGAUAACAACAUCCUUACCGCUGACAACGAUAGCCGUCUCGACUCGGUAGAAGCUUCUAAUCAAUCCUCGCCUCGUCAUAAACGCGUGUCGUCCGCCUAUGAUGCCGACUUGGAGGAAGGAUUUGAUGAUCCGGCCGCAUCAGCUGACACUGAAAAGCAAGAUUCAGGACGACCAUUAUCGUCAGCAUAA